GAGAGAGAGAGGUUCUCCUUCUAUUCACGUCUUUAGUCUGUAAUAGCUCGCAUUUUCUCCUCUCUCUCCACCUGCAUUUAUAAACCCUAGUUCAUUUCAUUUUCGAGGAGAAAAUCAAACAUUAAUUUGGCGUUUAGGUGUGUUUUCUGAUUUUGUUUUCCUUUGUUGUUUGAUCAUUUUUAUUGGAUUCAAUUUAUUGACAAAAUAGUUUCCAUAAAGGAUUUUUGGAGGAGAGAUAAUUGUGUUCUUCGUCAAUUGAGAUAAACAUAAGACGAAAUUGAAUUUUCUGGGAUUUAGGGAACACUUUGAGUGUUUGAUUUCUGGAAUCUUAAUCAAAGUAGAAGAAGGAAUUUGAAAAAAAGAAAAAAUGUCAGACUCGGGCAGUUCGCCGAGUUCUUCACCACCAGCACCACCAGCGGAUUCAGGUCCACCGCCGGCUAACUCAUCGGAGAAAUCUGCUCCUCCGCCGGCUAAUUCCUCAUCGCCUCCUAGCCCACCGGCUGAUUCAUCACCGCCACCACCGUCCGACCCAGAACCGUCGCCUCCUCCUCCCGAUUCAAAGCUUCCUCCGCUACCUUCGAUUCUGCCUCCAUUACUCAGCUCUCCGCCUCCACCUGCCGAUUCUCCACCGGCCGAAUCAAACAAUUCUCCGCCGCCACCAAAAUCAACUAAACCCCCUUCUCCUCCUCCUCCGGCGGAUUCAGAAACACCACCGGCUCCACCGACCAAAUCCGAUAACCCUCCUCCAUCUCCAGAAGUUCAAUCGCCUCCUCCACCAACAUCUACAACAAACCCAGAAAAACCACCGCCAGAAUCUCCUCCGUCUCCACCAUCACAACCUACAAAUUCACCUCCGGCUCCACCAUCAAACACCACCAAUUCUCCUCCAACGCUGCUACCAUCAGGACCAGCCAAUUCUCCUCCGGCUAAUCCAAACGCGCCACCUAGCCCACUCCUUGCACCACCUAGACCAAGCGGUGACUCCGGUGGACCCGUCGUGUCUCCAUCUCUCCCCGUCCCGAGCAGAGAAACGCCUCCAACAAACAACAGCAACGGAAAUGGCUAUCAAGGGAAGACUAUGGCCGGUAUGGCUGUGGCCGGUUUCGCUAUCAUGGCGCUAAUAGCAGUUGUGUUCUUGGUGAGAAGAAAGAAAAAGAAAAAUCUUGAUAGCUAUGGCCACUCACAGUACUUGCCACACCCAAAUUUCUCUGUAAAAUCAGAUGGAUUCUUAUACGAUCAAGAUCCUGGUAAAGGAUACUCUGGUCCUGGCGGUUCAAUGUACAAUUCACAGCAACAUUCCGCUAUGGGAAACAGCUACGGUAGCCAAAGAGGUCAUCAUCAAAUGCCAUCCAACGGCACGCCUGACUCUGCGAUUCUCGGAAGUGGCCAGACUCAUUUCAGCUACGAAGAGCUUGCGGAUAUUACGCAAGGCUUUGCUCGUCAAAACAUUCUUGGAGAAGGUGGGUUUGGAUGCGUCUACAAAGGUACAUUACAUGAUGGUAAAGUUGUUGCGGUUAAGCAGCUUAAAGCUGGGAGCGGACAAGGCGACCGUGAAUUCAAGGCAGAGGUUGAGAUCAUCAGCCGUGUUCACCAUCGACAUUUAGUCUCUCUGGUUGGUUACUGCAUUUCAGACCAGCAUAGGUUGCUUAUCUAUGAGUUUGUUUCGAAUCAAACGUUGGAGCAUCAUUUGCACGGAAAGGGAAUGCCGGUUUUAGAGUGGGCUAAGAGAGUCCGGAUCGCUAUAGGAUCAGCCAAAGGCUUGGCGUAUCUGCACGAAGACUGUCAUCCAAAAAUCAUUCACAGGGACAUAAAAUCGGCAAACAUUCUUCUGGACGAUGAUUAUGAAGCUCAGGUUGCUGAUUUUGGACUUGCUAGACUCAAUGAUACAACACAAACUCACGUUUCAACUCGGGUUAUGGGGACCUUUGGGUACCUAGCGCCAGAAUAUGCAUCAAGUGGAAAACUUACUGAUAGAUCCGAUGUCUUCUCGUUCGGUGUUGUUCUCUUAGAACUUGUAACGGGACGGAAACCAGUUGACCAGAACCAGCCUCUAGGAGAAGAGAGUUUGGUCGAAUGGGCACGCCCACUCCUUCUCAAAGCCAUUGAGACCGGAGAUUACAGCGAACUGAUUGAUAGACGGUUAGAAAAACAUUAUGUGGAGCAUGAAGUCUUCAGGAUGAUUGAGACAGCGGCCGCAUGUGUUAGACAUUCUGGUCCAAAACGUCCACGCAUGGUUCAGGUUGUGAGAGCAUUGGACUGCGAUGGAGACUCAGGAGAUAUUAAUAACGGAAUCAAAGUUGGGCAAAGCACAACUUAUGACUCAGGGCAAUACAACCAAGACAUCAUGAAGUUCAGGAAAAUGGCGUUUGGUUUUAAUGAUAGCACAGAGUCAGGGAUGUACAGUGGAGAUUACUCCGUCAAAAGCUCCUCUGAUUUCUCAGGGAAUGAAUCCGAGACUCGACCUUUCAAUAACCGACGGUUCUGAUCAUAUAAAUAGGUGAAAGUAACACAUACCUCUGCCUCUUUCUAAUGCUUUGUAAAGCCAUUCUUUUCGUGUAUUGUGUGAGAUGCAUUUCUUGGUAGGUGUCCUUAGUUUUUGUUCUCUAAUGGCUAAAUGCCCUCAGAAAAAAAAAAAUAGAAUCCAGAAAAGUUCUUAAGAGUUAUUUGUAACUUGUUUUACCUUUUCUGCGUUUUGCGUUCCUGAUUUUUGUUUGAGUGAGGAGGAUAGUGAAGAACUCUGUAUUCUGAUAAA